AUGAUGAAGUUAGCAGGUAUUGAUGAUAAAUUGCAGAAGUUUUUGGUUUCAAAUAAAGAUGAAGUUGAUGCUAGAAGACAAACUCGUGAAGCCUUUAAGGAUAUUCAGCUUAAUAUUGAUCAUAUAUUGUUUAAGACUCCAUGUGAUGGAUUAGAAACGAAGGAGUCUUAUGAGGUGAACUCAAGAGGAAUAGAGAUCUUUGGGAAAAGUUGGAUUCCUAAAGAAUCUAAGCCAAAAGCAGCAGUUUUUUUCUGUCAUGGAUAUGGAGACACUUGCACUUUUUUCUUUGAAGGAAUAGCUCGAAAACUAGCAUCAUCUGGAUAUGGAGUUUUCGCAAUGGAUUAUCCCGGAUUCGGUCUUUCAGAAGGUCUUCAUGGAUAUAUUCCAAGUUUCGAUAAGCUUGUUGAUGAUGUCAUUGAGCAGUACUCCAAAAUCAAAGAAAAUCCGGAGUUCAAAUCUCUUCCAAGUUUUCUUUUUGGACAAUCAAUGGGUGGAGCUGUUGCAUUAAAGAUACAUCUUAAACAACCAAAAGCAUGGAAUGGUGCAAUUCUUUGUGCACCAAUGUGUAAAAUUUCAGAGAACAUGGUUCCACCAAAAUUGGUUGUUCAUAUGCUUACCGCUAUGUCAAAUGUUUUCCCGAAGAAGAAGUUAGUUCCGAUGAAAGAUUUAGGAGACGCGGCAUUCAGAGAACCAAAGAAAAGGGAACAGACGGCAUAUAACGUGAUUAGUUAUAAGGAUAAACCGCGCUUGCGCACUGCAGUAGAACUUCUUAAAAUUACCGAAGAAAUCGAACAAAAGUUGGAAGAAGUGACUCUACCAUUAUUGAUCCUUCAUGGAGAAGCUGAUACUGUGACUGAUCCAUCAGUGAGCAAAGCAUUGUAUGAAAAAGCAACUUCUUCUGACAAGAAACUUGAGCUUUACAAAGAUGCUUACCAUGCUCUAAUUGAGGGUGAACCUGAUGACACAAUAGUUCAAGUUCUUAAUGACAUCAUUUCUUGGCUUGAUGAGCACAGCUUGAAACAAAAUAUUCAAUCUUCCUCUUAA